AUGAGACCAUCUUUCCGUCUCGGGGCCUCUCAGCUCACCCUCCUCUUCCUCACCCUGCUCUGCCCCGCCCCCUGGACGGCGUGGUCCUGUCCCCUCUCCUUCGCAGACCCCAUGGACGGAUCUGAUCUGGAGUCUGUGCUGCAGCACCAGGCGGCUCUGGACCAGCUGGUCGCCCCUCAGCUCGUCCACCGAGCGCCGCCGGAGCCCGGGCAGGAGGAAGAGGAGGAGCCCGGGCAGGAGGAAGAGGAGGAGCCCGGGCAGGAGGAGGCCGGAUCCUGGGAGGAGGAGGCGCUGCUGAGAGCCCAGAGAGGAGACCCGAUGGCCCGGCCGCUGCCGCCCUUCCCUGAAGGUCACUCUCUGGAGAGCUACCACUACCAGGACGGAGGAGAAGUGGAGGAAGGCGGGAAGAGGAACGAAGCCCUGACCUCCAUCAUCGGGGGGCUCCAGGCUGUGAACCGGGAGAAGGGGGGCUUCGGUUUCCGCUUCGGGAGGAAACGAUGGACUGACCGG